AUGGGGGUUAAACUGGGAUUUUUGAAGUUUGGAGGCUAUGAUCUGAUGGUGAUUCUGGAGCCUCUUUAUGGUGAUUUUAAAAUUUGGAGCUUGUCUCCUCCUCUCCCUCCCUCUACUUAUCUUCCUUUGCGUCUGUACCAACAGAACCAGAAUUCAGAAUUAUUCACUCUCACUUAUGGAGCUCUGGUUACUCAGCUGUGUAAGGACUAUGAAAAUGACGAGGAAGUCAACAAACAACUGGAUAAAAUGGGAUACAAUAUCGGAGUGCGUCUGAUUGAGGACUUCUUGGCUCGGUCCAGCGUGGGGAGGUGUCACGAUUUCCGAGAAACGGCCGAUGUCAUUGCAAAGGUAGCCUUCAAGAUGUACUUGGGUAUCACCCCCAGCGUGACCAACUGGAGUCCUGCUGGAGAUGAGUUCUCUCUUAUCCUCGAAAGCAACCCCCUGGUGGACUUUGUAGAGCUCCCUGACAACCACAGUAAUCUAGUUUACUCCAGCCUGCUCUGUGGAGUGCUGAGAGGAGCUCUUGAAAUGGUUCAAAUGGCAGUGGAUGUGCGAUUCGCUCAGGACACACUAAGAGGUGACAAUGUGACAGAAAUUCGCAUGAAGUUCAUCAAAAGGAUCGAGGAGAACCUGCCAGCUGGAGACGAAUGAGGCUGAGAGACACUAACCUUUAAUUUAAGAGACUUUUUUAUGCUGGAUUGGGAACCAAAAACUUCUGUUUUGGUCAAGAAGACCAACUAGUCCCCAAACAUUCUAAGUAUUGCAAUGAGAGUUCAUCGUCGAGAAGAUUUUUUUAUUUCGGGCAAAUAUUUUCUCAAGUCUCUUUUUGUAUGACAGUUUGUCUGUAGUGUAUUUUUUGUUAUUCUUUUUGCCUUAACUCAUACAUACGGCAAAGAAGGUUUAAUUUAUUUAGUCAAGUAUCAUAAUGAGAUUAAAUAAGUCAUCAACUA